UUGGUGUUGCUGCACGAGUGCUGCAAUGCACUUGGACUUGGACCCGCUACCCAAAUGUCUAAAGCUGCUGCUAGUGGUGUUGGUAGAAUUAUGCGUGCUGUGAAAGUUUCUGAGUUUGGUGCUCCAGAGGUACUGAAAGUGCUCAGUGAUGUAGCAAUCCCAGUUCCUACAGGAAAACAGGUUCUGAUUAAGAUUGCAUCUGCUGGUGUCAAUCCUGUGGACACAUAUAGACGUUCUGGUAACUAUCCUCUCCUUUUAACAUUGCCUUUUACACCGGGCAGUGAUGCAUCAGGUAUCAUUGAGAAAACUGGACCCGAAGCCACAAAAUUUAAGUCCGGAACCCGAGUUUACACAUCAAAAUGUAGCAGUGGCUCUUACGCAGAGUAUGGAGUAGCCGCAGAGGAUGAUGUUCACGUACUCGCCGAUACUCUUAGUUUUCAACAAGGAGCGUCAAUAGGGGUCCCAUACUAUACAGCAUUCAGGUCACUCUUUCAGCGGGGCAACUGUAAGGCUAGUGAAACAGUUCUUGUACAUGGUGCUAGUGGUGCUGUUGGCAUUGCUGCUUUACAACUUGGCAGUGCCUAUGGUUUGAACUUAUUUGGAACUGCAGGAACGGCUGAUGGUUUGAAACUAAUAAAGGAACACGGUGCAAUGAAGGCUUUCAACCACAAUGACAAAGACUAUGUCCAGAAAAUAAUGGAUGAAACUGAAGGAGAAGGAGUGAAUGUCAUCCUGGAAAUGCUAGCUAAUGUCAAUUUACAGAAAGAUUUACAGAUGCUGGCACCCAAAGGGAGAGUCCUCGUAAUUGGUAACCGUGCACCUACUGAGAUUGAUGCCAGACUAACCAUGACAAAGGAAACGUCUAUUAUAGGUGUUAGUUUAGGAAGUACUACAAAGGAGGAGUUUAAAGAGAUAACAGCUGCAAUGCAUGCUGGGUUUGUCAAGGGAUAUUUACAGCCUGUGGUAGGUAAAGAAUAUCCACUUGAGAAAGUAGUAGAAGCUCAUCAUGAAGUCAUCGAACAUAAAGAAGGAUCACAUGGGAAAAUCGUUCUAAACAUGUAAUCAACACCAAUAUUCAAUGAGAAAUACAGAUAUCAAUUUACAUAACCAAGAA